AUGGAAACCCGGAAUGCUCCCGGUAGUGCGACCAACAAACUAAAAGAAGUGGGUUUUGGGGGUGAGAUAGAGUUUGCGCGAGAGCUCCAGGAACUGCUCGGGAUCGUCGAGCGAAAACUGGGACUCUGCACGUCAAGCGACGCGGGCAGUGAAAAUGGUGUGGAACGGACACCCGAGGCGCAGUUGCCGCUCGUGUACGUACCACCAAGUGCUAUUUGGCGACAGCUUGAUCACUAUGUACAAUGUGUUAUCAGCGGGGAGAGUGCAGGUUCGCGCGACUUGCUGGAACAGUUUCUCGAAGACCUUCUUCGGUAUUCGGUACGGACGAAGCACGCCUUCUUUUUGCACCGUCUCUACGGCGGCUCGGAUCCAGUAGGACAAAUAGCUGACCUCAUCUGCUCGGUGUUAAACAACUCUGCGGAUACGUUUUCCGCUGCGCCGUAUCUGGUGCUUCUCGAACGACGGGUUAUUGAAGCGCUGAGUUCGUGCAUCGGCUGGAAGACACCGCUGCAGGGUGAUGGUAUCUUCUGUCCUGGCGGCAGCUAUGCGAACCUUAUUGCACUGACGACAGCGCGCCACGUGUUUCAAAUGAAUGCCAGGCGACCGCAGACAAAGCGUACCCAGCGCCAUCACUGCAACGAGCGGCGAAUGGGGAUCUUCACGUCGGUCCAAGGCCACUACAGCGUUCGACGGAAUGCGGCCAUGCUCGGGUUCUGUGAUGCACCCGGUGAGGACUGCUCGGAUGUCGUGCUGGUGCCCUGUGACGAGCAAGGCCGCAUGGACCCGGAGGCGUUGCGUCGACUCAUUCACUGCUUUCGCAACACCCGGCCGCUUUCCAGCGUAUUCGUGAACGUGACAGCGGGUACGACUGUUUUGAGUGCGUUCGACCCUCUGCCCGAAAUCUGGACAGUUCUGGCAGAGGCAUUUCCAUUGAAUUCCGUAGAGUCAGCGUCAGCAGAGCUGGAACAGCGCCUUGAGGCAGACACCAUGAUUCGGGAGCGCUUGCCUCAGCCGACGUUUUGGGUGCACGUGGACGGAGCCUUAGGCGGCUCUUUCUUAUUUUCGGAGAGAUUUCGUCCGGUGGCGCUGGCUGGGCUUGAAAAAUACGCAAAUUCGUUUGUGCUGAAUGCUCAUAAGCUACUCAAUGCACCGCUGCAGUGCUCGAUUCUGUUAGUUCGGGAGCGCGGUUUGCUUCAGGCCGCGCACGCUGCGCGAGCACCGUAUCUGUUUCACGACGACCUCGAUACCGAUGCGCAGUACGAUAUUGGCGACAUGACGCUGACGUGUAGCCGCCGCUCUGAUGCGCUCAAGUUCUGGCUGAUGUGGAUGUGGCGUGGCAGUGCUGGUUUCGGGGCCCGCGUGGAAGCCGCUGCUCGCAACGCACGCGCUAUUGCUGAGGCCAUGGCGAAGCGACCGUGCUUCCUCCUGGUACACUGGCCGCUUGAUCGGUCUUAUCCUGCGACGAAUGUUUGCUUUUAUUACCUGCCAUCGGACAUGCGAGAAAGCAUUCGGAACCUGGCAGACAUCAAGGCGGAAACAGCCGCUCAGCUGCUGGGUAGCAUCAGCGUCCGGCUGUGUCGAGCGCUGCAGGUCAGCGGCAAGGCCUUGCUGAACUACUGCACGCUCGAAGGCACAGAUUUGCCGAUUUUUUUGCGCCUUGCCCUGCAUGGUCUUCACGUAUACGAAGAGCAGGAAAUUCAAGAUCUCCUGAACCGCAUUGAAGACUGUGGCGAUCACGCAAUCCGUCCCGGUACACCAGCGAGCAUCAGCGGCAACGUCAGCGGCGGAGUGUCGCCCGUAGGCGACGACGGCGCUCAUAAUGCCGUCCUCUAG